AUGCGGGUGGAUUCCCGUAGCCUUCACAAGGGCGGCCGGUGCUUGGUGCGGAAGUGCAGCCGUAGGCGAAGCCGAAAGCGUGGNUAACUUCCUGAGAAGGUCAUUUACAGUAAUGAAUGGGUUUGCGGUCGGUUAAGCUGAUCUCUAGAGGAGUUAUCACAACAUCGAAUAUGAAGAUGCAUGGCAGCUUGCUACCUUCAUAGGCCAUCAGCUGAACCUCUGAACAAUCUUGUUUUCGUAGCAGACGGCGUCUUGGUGCAACCUGAGCAUGCUAAACUAAGGUCGAAUUUACUUCCGAGACACCGGGAAGCACCUCUUGUGAUGAAUCUAGACUAUCAGUGUUGGACAGUAUCAGUUCCUUGCUGCCCAAGCCCCUCGAUCAAGAGGAGCAACUUGAACGAUAAUUAACUACAGAGUUGCCUUUCGGGCCUGUCUUCUCUCACCACACGUGUACCCUUCAUCUCCGGGAGUGCAUAUUUCUUCGCCACACACGUUGUCGACUACGCCCUCAAUAGAGCACCCUGAAAACGUUCAAAGAACAUCAGUGUUUGGGGGCGCAUCGAGGAUAUUGCACAUGAAGGUACAAACCCUAGUGCCACUCAGGGAGGACGAUGGCAACACAUUUUUCUCAAACUGAGUAUGCCUAAAUCCAUCACUCGCCCGACGGUUACCUUCGACAUCAGUCUCGCGCAGAGGUUUGCACCGAGUAAGAGCCAGGUUUGAGCUCAAACAACGCUGCAUGUCCUUUCGACCAUGUCGUGCCUCGAAUGGGAAACGGAGCGAAAAACAAAAUCCCGCGCAAACUGCUACUGGUCGACCCGGUACCUUCGUGGGGCAGACUGGGACGCAGCAAAAGCAACAUGCUACCGGUGAGCACCUAUCGGCCCCAAGCCCAUCGGUACACCGUUGUCAGCAAGACACUCACCACAUUCGUCACCGUAUGCAUCAACGUGGAGCCCGGCUGCAGAUAACGAGGCAUCAUCAUCAACUUCCACCCUGCGAAGUGCGCACAGGAGGUCACACAGGUCUCGCUAUACAGACAGUCGAAGCAAAUAAGGCGAGUUCAGCACUCUUCCCUCUGUGUACACACGACGAACUACAGUAGCGCCAUCCAAUAAGCCAGGAGCGGAAGCAAGAGAAAAACUCACUUUGCAAGAAAAGCUCGCUUACGCCGGGAUCUCAACCCUUCACCUGACCUCUAGAAGGUUUCGAGGGUACCGACCGGGAACAACUUGGCCAACGCGGUAGCUCAAGACUAUUCGGCAAACAACAGGCGUGCUCGGUAUCUACGUGAUGCGGGCCGGAUCCGCCAUUACGCGAUAGGGUCCAUAUUCUUCUCUUCGUAUGUACUACAAAGCGUUGCUCACAGUUCAUUUGAAGGCAAGCACUCCAGAGAAUUCCCCUCCAGGUGCCUGAAAUUCAGGUACCGAACAAGAUUUGCCGGCGCAUGACCGAACGAGAGCGGCAGAUGCAACAACGGAUCAUACGUUGGGGAAGGAACAAGGUGUUCUCGCUAGCAGGGAAGGAUCUACCAGAGAACCGGCAGGUUGAAGCCAUUAUGCCAAAUAUUGAGAUAAGGAAAUCACACAAAUAUGUAGUGCCCCGGCGAAGUAUCAUGUGGACCACGAAUGAAUUUCUUACGCAGGUGAUCGCAGCGCGUUGAACUACCUGGCCUCUGAAGCCCCCAAUUACCAACGGAAUAUAGACACACGAAACCAACAGAAUGCCGUAAUAGAUGUGAUUACUGUAGACCGUUCAGCAUCUGUACGAGGCAAGUACAGAGUUAGAAGAGGUCCAUUCUCGAUCAACGAAGCCAACGGUCAAUCAUAUCAGAACCGAAGGGCGUCCGAACUGCAUCAGCUACCCUUUUUCCGGAUGCGCUGCUUACCAUCAACGUUGACGCCAGGUACCUUCGAGUGCCAAGGGGAGGCCAUCAGCGGAACAAGGCAGCCACAAGUUAGCCAUGAAUUCCCGUUGGAUUGUGUACCGACGACGUUUCGAAUACUAGAGUAACGGAAUAUGUUCCGCCCCGUGUUCAAGUGCCAAUUACACUGUAGGUCAAGCCCACUGCAUGCACAGCGGCCUUCGACAAGCUGUACUUCCGCAGCACUUGAUCAUCCCCGGCAAGGUUCAUCUCACGAGGGAAAUGGCCUGGCGCAUCCUCAAUAUUGGAAGGAUGUCUUUGCACACCAAAAGCAAACCCACGGAGUGAGGCUUUCCCAGGAAGACAAAAAUGGAGUGUUUACGGGUGUUGAUGUUGAUUACACAAAAUGCCUCACAUAAGCUCGAGCGCAUUUCCGGAAAAAAUGGCAUGUUUUAAUACUUGGAUAAAUCAACAGUGUACUGUUGCCCCAACCCAAAAAGGGGAGAGGAAACCCUUGCCCGAAAAAGAACGAUAGGUGUGAUACACGGAGCCCCGUGUGCCUUGGUCUAUCUGGCUCACCCUCGCCUCGGGCUCCGGGCACGUCAAUACGGUUGUGCCCUUCAGGUGCUUGCUGCCGCACAUGCUGAUCGCAAUGGCCUGGGUACGAUCACAACAAACAUGCCUGCUUCUGGCUACAACGAAGGCGACGAGUUGGCAGCUGAAACCCGUUCCAGGGUUAGAUUGAGUACACCCCGAGCCGGAUAAGAGGCUAGGAUAUGAGGCCAACAGAGCACCAUCACGAAAAGGCUCUACGGCGAAUGCCAGGAAGCGACAACUGAUCCCGAUACGUAGCACGAUCCUUGGUGCUCACGUUUCCAGCAACCGGCUGGAGGUGAAUUCAGACACCCCCGACCUGUUCUACACCGAACUUCCUACCAACUGCUUGCCGCCGCGCUAGUCGGGGUUGAAUGGGUCAUGGGACCGAUUUGUCUGCGAUCUCGUAGUUCUCCAUCGUAAUCUAGCCCCAUGCGGAAAAACAUUCUACCGACGACCUUGUCCAACAGCUACUUACAGGGACCUUCGGGUGUCGAGGGAAGGCCACGAGCGGAGCAGAUAACACACAUGAGCCGGGAAUCAGUGCUUGCUGCCGCACAUGCUGAUCGCGAUGGCCUGGGUACAAUCACAACAAUCAUGCCUACUUCUGGCUACAACGAAGGCGACGAGUUGGCAGCGGGAACACGUUCCAGGGUUAGACUGAGUACACCGCGAACCGGACAAGAGGCUAGGAUAUGAGGCCAAGAGGGCACCAUCACGUAGAGGCUCUACGGCGAAUGCCAAUAAGCGACAACUGAUCCCGAUACGUAGCACGAUCCUUGGUGCUCACGUUUCCAGCAACCGGCUGGAGGUGAAUUCAGACACCCCCGACCUGUUCUACACCGAACUUCCUACCAACUGCUUGCCGCCGCGCUAGUCGGGGUCGAAUGGGUCAUGGGGACCAUUUGUCUGCGAUCUCGUAGCUCUCCAUCGCAAGCUAGCCCCAUGCGGAAA